AUGCCGCACUCAGAUUCUCCAGACAAGUUGUGCAUCUUCGAUUCCGCGGCCAUAUGGGGCCAUAAUGAGAUGGAUCUUGGCGUCACCCGCCGUGAAGUUUGGAACCUCGAACGUCAUGGUGAAAUCUAUAGGGAAUUAAUGGGCGUAUCGGAGCCUCAGAAAGACUAUGACAAUCGUCUUGAGCUGUACGGGUUCAAAGGAUUGCUACGACGGCCGAGGUUGAGGAGGAGGAGGAGGAGGAGGAGGAGGAGGAAGAAGCUCGCAGAAAAGGAACUCGACAAUGGUGCAGUGUCCAUCGACGCUUCCACCCCAGAGCCCCCGUUUUCUGUCUUCACCCGCGGGCAGAAGCGAUGGAUAAGCUGGAUGGCCUCAUUCGGGGCCAUGUUCUCUACUCUUAACAGUUUCAUCUAUUUCCCUGCCGUCGUGCCAAUGGCCAGGGAUCUGAACGUCUCCGUUGCCCUUAUCAAUCUGACGAUCACCUGCUAUCUGAUUGUGGCUGGGCUGGCCCCGGCUGUGAUGGGAGAUCUGGCCGACCAUGACGGGAGGAGACCUGUCUAUCUCCUGAUGUUUGUUCUCAUGCUAGGCGCCAAUAUCGGGUUGGCUGUGCAAGACUCGUACCCGGUACUGUUUGCAUUGAGAAUUAUACAGAGCGCCGGCUCGUCAGGGACCUUCGGUGCGGCACACGGGGUAAUCUCCGAUGUCGCCAAAAUUGAAGAAAGAGGCUCAUACACUGGCACUCUUAUCCUCUUGUAA